AAAGGAACAAAAUCAUUUCCCUUUUGAAAUUGAAAACGCAAAAAUCAUUCCAUCUUCUUCUCCACCCCCACCAACGAAAUUUCUGUUUCAGCUACGAAAUGACAAUGGUCACAAGUGGUCAACAAAUCUGAACCCCAUUCGAUUUGUCACAGGAACCCAUGAUGAUGAUGCGUUGGCACUUGUGCCCCGCGACUCACUGGAAUCACGACGAGCAAGACCCAACUCGCCGUUUCUCAAAAGCAACUGUCGUCUUUCCACGUGUCCACCUCUUUGUCCCCCUCUUCUUUAUGCGUCAAUUGCAACUGUAACCCUCCCCAUAUUUCGAGUACACACAGCCACCUGUUCGUCUCCCUCUGGAACCCAUGUGAGUUUCCAUUUCAGCCAAACAUCAAACGCCCCUAUUUCUCUGUGUCCUCCACCUUUUUUGCUUGAUUUUGAAGCUUUCAUUCGGAUUUUAGAAAAGGACCCAUAUCCCCAAUUACCUUUAACAGUAAAACCCACAUCAGUAUUUCUUCGCAGAAGCCUUUUUUAGGGCGCAAGAAAGGUGCAAUUGGUUCGAGAAAGAGAGACCCAUUUGGUGGGAAAAUGCAUUUCUUUGAUCUUUGAAGGCCUUCGUCUAAAACACUCCAUUCCUUUGUUUCUUCCACCUAUUUUUCUUGAUUUUAAAGGUUGUAUUCGGAUUUUAGCGAAGGACUCAUAUUGUCAGUUACCUUAAACAGAGAAACCCACAUCAGUGUUGUUUCGCAGAAGGCCUUUUAGGGAUCAAGAAAGGUCCAAUUGGUUCUAGAAAGAGAGACCCAUUUGGUGGUUUGAGUCAAUACAGCUGUUUCACACUUGUUUGUUUUGGUUUUCGGGUUUGGCAGUUUGGGGUUAGGGAUAGGUUUGGAAAUGGAGAAUGUUGAAGAAGAGCAAACGGCUUUUGAGAUAGGGGUAGUGGUUCCAAGGAGGGUUUUGGAGAAAGGAGAUGAGUGCUGUGGUUGCGUUGAGGCUCUUGUUGAUGAGUUCAGGAAGGUGGGGUUGGUAGUUGACCGAGUUCUUGGCAUUCAAGAAGAAUUUAUCAAGUUGGCAGCACCUGUGGAAACCCUGGGGAGAGCUGCAGCUGAGUUGCAAUUAACGAAGCGAACGCAUAUUGGAAUGGAUCUACCCUUUGAGUGGGAUCAGGCUGAAGCUUUUGUCAGACAACCUGAUGGUUCAUUGUUCAGUUGGUGUGAGCGUUUUCAUUGCUACCGUCACAUCAUAUACGGAAUUGUGAACAAGAGUGAUUUGACAUUAACUUUAAAAUCUGAUUGCAAAGAGUUCCAAUGGGAAUCAGGGGAAUCUCUUCUUCAGAUGUUGGAGUUGAGGGGAUUUGUCAAACAAGUCUUUCCUUUGCAUGAUGAAACAAAGAGGAAGCAGCUUCUGAGAAGUUGGGCAUUUAACUGCUGGGACUUCACAAGACAGCCUAUUGAUGAAAUCUAUGCAUAUUUUGGGACAAAGAUCGCGACCUAUUUUGCUUUCCUUGGAAUGUUUACAAGGUGGAUUUUAUUUCCAGCUGUAUUCGGUGUUACCCUGCAAUUCGUUGAUUUGGGAUCAAUGCAGUUGUUAGUGCUCCCUGCUUUUUUCAUAAGCAUUACAUUAUGGGCUGUUUUGUUUUUCCAAUUCUGGAAACGUAAAAACUCCGCCCUCCUAGCCAGGUGGCAAAUAAGUGGUCCAGUUGCCGGAGGGCCUGGGUAUAAAAUUUCUGGAUUGGAGUGGAGUUCCAUCCAAUCGCCUGUGGAACUCAUGAAGAAAUGGGGCAGUGAUAAGACAAAAGAGAAGGAGGUAUUUCAAAGGGAGGAAUGGGUCGGACGGCUUAUGAGAUUCAGAAAUGACGCUUUUAUCAUUUUGAGUAUCAUAUGCCUUCAGCUGCCAUUUGAAUUGGCUUAUGCUCAUCUGUACGAGGUUAUCGGAUCUGAUCUUAUGAAGUUUGGGCUGACCGUGGUCUAUCUUUUUGCUAUCCAGUAUUUUAACAGAAUUGGAGGAAAGAUAUCAGUCAGUCUAAUUAAAUGUGAAAACAACGAAAGCAGGGAAUAUGGAGCUGACAGCUUGAUUUACAAGGUGUUUGGUCUCUAUUUUAUGCAGUCAUAUAUUGGAAUUUUCUACCAUGCACUUCUUCACCGCAAUUUUUUGACUCUUCGCCGAGUUUUGAUUCAGCGCCUAAUUGUUUCUGAGGUGCUGGAAAAUCUGAUGGAAAAUUCUAUACCCUUUUUGAAAUACAGUUACAAGAAGUAUAGAGCUAUUCGAAAGAAAAGAAAACGCGAGAAAGGAUCACCAACGGGGAAGACCCAGUUCAUUUCUAGGGUAGAGAAAGAGUAUCUUAAGCCUUCUUAUUCUGCAAGCGUUGGUGAGGAACUUGAAGAUGGGCUCUUUGAUGACUUUCUGGAGUUGGCAUUGCAGUUCGGCAUGAUUAUGAUGUUUGCAUGUGCAUUCCCGCCAGCAUUUGCCUUUGCUGCAUUGAACAACAUUGCAGAAAUCAGAACGGAUGCACUAAAGCUGCUUGUCGUGUUUAAAAGGCCCACUCCUCGUGCCGCAGCAACUAUUGGGGCUUGGCUAAAUAUAUUUCAGUUUCUGAUAGUGAUGUCCAUAUGCACGAACUGCGUGCUUUUAGUAUGCUUGUAUGAUCAAGAAGGAAAAUGGAAAAUCGAACCCGGACUUGCAGCGAUCCUCAUUAUGGAACACGUCCUCUUGUUAAUAAAAUAUGUUUUCUCUCGCAUUAUACCUGAGGAACCUGCUUGGGUUAGAGCCAACCGACUGAAGAAUGCAACACAAGCACAGGACAUGUGCUCCAAACAGCUUUUGAGGACCAUUUCUGGGAAUGAGAAGUUGUUUGUUCGUGUAGGAAAGAUCGAAUGACUGGGAGCCUUUUCAGGCAUAGUUGAAGGGAAAAAUAUGUUGAAGCUUCUUUGGGCUACGAUUUUGCUGUAACCCAGGUUCGUCUAAGAGAACAAAAGCCAAAAGCUAACAAACUUAGGAGCAUUGCUUUGAGCUGACACGGGUUUCAGUACAUACGGGAGAUUUGUGCAGAUGAUAUAGAGAAUUUUCCGCGUUUUGAGUUUUUUCGUUUGUGUACAUUACAGCAUUGAUUUAGAGUCUAUAGCACAAAAGUUAAAAUUUUCCAGUUUAUAGCACUGAUUUGUAACUGUGCUGGUACUUAGUUGCCAUGUAUUUGAAUAUAUCCUGUUUGAAUGGUACAGUACAUAUAUGGAAGAUUCGUGCACAGAACCUGAAUUAGUAUCUCAUUAAACUAACUUUUGUUCAUUGAGCAACUGUUAAAUAAUUGAAUUUAGAAUCUGAGAAACAUUGUUUCGACGAGCCGAACUAUGUACAGACAUGUUUGAAGUCCUUGGUCAUCCCCAGCUCAAUCACGCCCCCGAUCCCUCAAGAAAGUAUUUUUCUCAUUCUUUCUCCUAUGUACGUUUUCCUGUCUUCAUCGGGUUAAAUUCUCAAGAGACAUGAACAGGAAUCUUGAACCUCAUCUUAAUUCUCCGGAAUAACGGUGACCAACAAGACUUUCGGAGGAGUAGUCGCUCCAAUCUUCUUUCGCCUGGAGGGAGCUCCCGACUUGUUCUCCGGAAUCCUGAGCCUUGCGGGAGCUCCCGAACCGUUGACUGACUUGACGGGCAUAAGUUACAACAGCUUUAGCCCAUCUCUUUAUCUCCGACUUGAAUUUCUUCGAAUCCAGGUGUUUCAGUGAUUUGGUACCUGGUUCUAUCGUGAUCUCCAUGAAGGAGAAACAGCGGUCGGUGCGUUGCCGCUUUCCCGUGUCGUUGUUGUGCUUCGCCACAUCGCUGCCGCCGCUGUUGAUCGGAGCAGCCGAUGCUCCGUUUACGGACAUGGCGGCGGAGUCGUCUUCUUCUUCUUCCUCUUCUUUCAUUUGGGUCCC